GAGACUGCACUAUUAUUUCUACCUCGAGUUCGACGAGUUUCAAUUCGAAUCAAUACGACAGGGGACACCUGCUAAGUUUUUGGUAGCGUGUAUAUUAUAUACAUAAUUGUCAAACUUCAGCCGCACCAAAUUGCUGGGAAGGAAAACGAGAAGUAAUAAUAUUGGCCUAUUUUUAUCAAUAAUUCGUAACAAUUAACAGUAGGACGCAAAAAGUUAAAACUUGCAAUUCAAGGAUUUUCACGGCGAUUUGAUAAAGAAAACCAGCAGUGGAAUUGAGCAAUCUGGUCCAAGAUGACUGACCCUACUUUUGUUGAAAUUAAUGAAAUUAAAGGUUUUGUCACUUUUCUACAGAAUAUCGAUUGGUUUGAUCCCUGGCUCAUCGGGUUGAUAGCAUUUCACAUUUGCAUUACAUCAACGGCAUUGCUAACUAGAAAUUGCGGCAACUUUCAAGUGUUCUUGUUCCUAGUUUUGUUGUUGUUAGUAUAUUUUUCUGAAAGUAUUAAUGAGUAUGCUGCUAUCAAUUGGAGAAUAUUUUCAAAACAACAAUAUUUUGACGAUAAAGGACUAUUCAUAUCAAUAGUAUUUUCGGUGCCAAUUCUUCUCAACUGUAUGCUAAUGGUGGGAAGUUGGCUGUAUCAAUCCACCCAGUUAAUGACUCGUCUUAAAACGGCUCAGUUGCGGCAGCAGAUUCGUCAAUCGAAUAGUCGUCAUAGGAUAAAACAAGACAAGGAAGAAUGAAAAUUUACCCCAAAUUUGUGCUAUUCCCAAUCAAUCGUGCACUAAAGUUUUGUCGGUGUGUUGUAGUACCUAUUAUUGUUGGGCGUUAUUCUACAAGGAUAAAAUAGCAGAACUUCAAACAUCACCUUAUAAAAUACACACAGCCACACAUUUUAGGCGAUGAAGGAAUAACCAGCUAUUUUGCUUUUCAUCACAGAUUCUUAACUGAGAAUGUGUUGAAAAUAAUUUAUAAAGGUAAGAAGUUAACGACGUUCAAUUUUUCGGGGUCUAGUGUCAUCAAACAUAGGUUUGUCUUAUAGAGUUUUGAACGCUAAGUUAAUAAAUCAUACACCAUCGCUUUGUUAGGAAUAUUGCUCAAUGGGAUUGCUUUGCGACAGUUCAGAACUUUAAUUUGGCGUUCAAUCCGUUCAAUACGAAAUGUAGACUAAUCGUCGUUGUGCUAUCUUAUGAGAAGCACCAUUUAGCACAUUUCGAGAAAAACGAUUUUAAAGUUUGAGGUUGAAUAUUUUGAGAGUUAUAAAUGGUAGAUACAAUUCAGAAAAGACAAUUGAUGCUUCUAUUUAUUCUGUAUUUGUCUCCCAAAUACCACGAAGAUAUAUUGCGAGUUUUUACAUAGAAACAAAAGUCGCACUCCCACGUGUCAUAGGCGUGUUUCGACGACAAAAUUUGAAUGGGGUCAUAAUCGUGCAUGGGAAAUUAUCCAUACCAAUAAAGCAUGAAUUAUUACCUUUUAUUCAUAUAAUUUGGUCUAUAAACAAUCGGUGAGCUGCAUUAUGAAGGAAAUAAGUCAAGGAUUCUAGAAAAAUAGUAAUUUCGGUGUUGCCAAAUAUGCUAUAUUUCCAAUUUGAAACUUAAGCUGCAUUUUCUCACCUUUCGUGUAUUUUUAUUUUGAAAACGAUUAUGCCAUUGCGAUUCUCAAAAACACUCAGGUUUUUUACGCGGUAUUUUUUACGCGGAUUUUGAAAUUUACGCGGUUUUCAGUUACGCGGAUUUUGAAAUUUAAGCGGUUUUUAUUUACGCGGCCUGUAUCCCCCGCUUGGAAAAACCUGAGUGUACUUUUACACAGAAAACAUCUAACACAUCAUGAUAACUUCUCGAUAAACAUAUGAUUACGGCUUAAAAGCCAACUGUCAAAAUUCUCUUUUUAAGGAAAUUCCGGACAAACCGUUACUGGCUAAACACAGUUCAUAGCAAUUAAUGAAAGAGCAAUCUUUUCUUUUGUUUACUACCAACAUCUGUGAUUGGCGAGUAACGGUAUGUCCGGAAUUUCCUUUCAAAGAGAAUUUUGACAGUUGGCUUUUAAGCCGUAAUUAAAUGUUUGUCGAGACUUGAACCAAUCCCCUGACACCGUCAUUUGAAGCAAAAAACAAUUUCUCAGCACGUUUCUCGCUAUGUUUCAGUAACCAAGCAGAAUGUCAAAAUUCUGUAAACGCCACUUUAUAGAUAUUUUUUAGACAAGUAAUUUGGCAUAGGGACCAUUCAUAAAUUACGUAAAGCUUUUAGGGGGG